GUUUACUUCGGCCCCUGGACCUCCAGAUCCUGUAGAGCUGCUUCGAGACGCCUCCAUUGGUGUGGAUGGUUUCUUCGAUGAUGACGAGGCUGAAAGGCACUGCGAAGAGAAGUCACCAGAGUCGGAGUUCAUGGUUUGCAUGGUCUUUGGCGGAAAGUUUGGCUGGCUUCGCGACGAGUUCACUGCUGGCGAGACAUGGGGCACUCUUCGGCCGCUGCAAGAAACCUUGCGUCCAUGGCUGGAGGAGGGCAAGUGCGCACAGCACAUCGAGUGGGACGAAGAUGAGCACUGCUAUGCUCUGUCUGAGCCCUACAAGUCCUACGUUGCAUGGAAUGACCCGUCCAACCUUGCUGCCAUGGCAAAUGACGCGUUGUAUGGCUGCUGCAAAGAUCAAGCAGAGUACAACGUCAAGGAUGUUGAUAUGAACAACUUGGUGAUGGUGCCUUGCGCACGGCCCACGGAAGAUGGACAAGUUGAAUUUAAGAGCAUGUUCCUCUAUCCGCGGAAGGGCUGGUGCUGGGAUGCACCACAGGAGCUUACGUUGGGCUAUGGCUUUGCAACUUGGCCUCAGAGUUGCGUGGCUCCCGGACCGUAA